AUGACAAUUAAAACAAAUGAAGAAUUAAAUGAAAUUAAAAGACAUUCAAAAUCUUAUGAAGCAAUUCAACAAAGUGCAGUUAUUGCUUUGAUGAAUUCAAUUGGAUUUACAUUUGAAUUUAGAAGACCAGAACGUGUUGCACUUAAAACAACACAAUAUUUUUAUAUUCAACAACUCUUUUAUUUUGAUGAAAAAGUGGAUUUUGAGUAUUCAAUAGAUAAAUUCUGUGAAGAACAACUUGCCAUUGAGUUGCAAGAUGCACAUCCAAAUGCCUGUAAAAAAACAUUAAAAAGAAGAAAAGAUUUAAAUAGAGCUGCAUUAACAUUUAAUUAUCUUAUUAAAAUUUUAGAAUCACUUGGAUAUUUCGUUUCUACUAGACCAACUAAAAGCUCAAAGAAAACUCUUCAGAUGGUAAAAGUUGUCGAUAUACGACUUGGGAAUGAGUUAUUGUUAAAUAAAGAAAAUGUUGAUAUUGUUGGUAAAGAAAUAAACAAAUAUAUUCUUUCUUUAUUUACAAAAAAUGAAAGAAAGUUGACUUUGAAGAAAUUUGAUGCUAAGUGUAAUGAAGUAAUUAUGUCUAAUAAUAAUUUUACUAUAGAAGGAAUCAUAAAUAUACCAAAUACAAACUUGUUAAUAUACGAUAAUGCCAUAAGUCAAUCCUCUGAACCAAUUAAUUAUAAUAAUUCAGACUUCAUUCUAGAAAAUGGUUUUAUCCAAAAUAUAUAUUAG